AUGACCGGCACAACAGAAACGACGAUUAAACAUGAUCAUCUUUUUCAUCUACGUCGAUUCCUUGAGCAAAUACAACUCGAAGAAUAUUACACAUUGAUUGUCGAAAAGCUCAAGGUGUAUAGUAUUGGUGAUUUACAUUAUGCCAACGAAUCUGAUCUACUUUCAUUAGGCAUGUCUAAGUCACAAUUUCGAAAAAUUAAACGACAUAUGCCGUCAUCGUAUAAUACGACUUUAAGUAAUAAUAAUACAACGUUGACAAGUACAUUGGGCAAACUUUUAGUUCGAAAACUUACACUUCGUUCCACAUCUAAUCUAACACGAAGUACAUUCGAACUGAACAGUAAUUAUGAUCAGCAGGGUUCUUCAAUAACAUCAUUGAAUCAACAAACAACUAUGGGUAAAUAUCAACAACAAAAAAGUAUUAUUUCACAACAAAAUAUUCAAUUAAUUGAACAAAUUGGUGAAGGAGAAUUUGGCAUUGUUUAUAAAGCUUUUUGGAGAACGAAACAAAAUGAAUUAUUAACUGUUGCUGUUAAACGUUUACAUAAACUCGAUCAAGACUUUGGUCUUGAUGGCAUUUUAAAAGAAAUAUGUGCAUUACAAGACAUCGAACAUCCACAUAUUGUUCAAUUUUUUGGUAUUGUCAUGCAAACAGAUGGUUCAUUUAUGCUUGUAACAGAAUAUGCUCAUUGUCGAUCUUUAUAUGAAUGUUUAUUAUCAAACAAUGCUAAAUAUGAAUAUACAAUAGAAAUAUUACUUGAAUUUUUAAGACAAAUAACAACAGCAAUGAGUUAUUUAGAAAAAAAAUUUUUAAUACAUAGAGAUCUAGCUAGUAGAAAUAUUCUUGUUUUUAAUAAAACAUUGGUUAAACUUUCUGAUUUUGGUCUUUCUCGUCUUUGUUGUUCGGAAACAAAUUAUUAUAAAACUUCAUGGAAAGAUACAUUACGUUUACCAAUAGCAUGGAUGAGUCCCGAAGCAAUUAAUUUUCUACGUUUUACAACAGCAUCUGAUAUUUUCUCAUUUGGUGUUUGUAUGUGGGAAUGCUUUACUUAUGGACAAAUGCCAUGGCAAGGAAUGUCAAGUGCUGAAAUUGUCAAUACUAUUGAUGCACCUAAUCAUCAACGAUUACCACGACCUCCUUAUGCAACAACUGAACUUUAUCAAAUUAUGCUUCAUUGUUGGAAAUAUGAACCAAAUGAACGUCCAACAUUUUCACAAUUAGAAAAAACUUUAGGAGAAAUUGAACUAAAAAAAGUACGUUGGAAAGAUAAAAAUUCAAAAUCAAUAAAUUUGCCCGAUGGAUUUCUUUCAAUCGAAUCUUGCACGCUUGGACCAUUGACGAUUCUCGAUCGAUGGUAUGUAUACGGUCAAAUUGGUUUCGUUUAUAAUACUGAUGUUGAACCAUUACAUGUUAUAUCAAUAUCUAAACCACCAUCGAUUACAACAUUAACAAAAACGAAUAAUAAUCAUAAUCAUUUAACAUCAUUAAAAAUGAGUAAUUUUUUUCAUCGAAAAACAGAUGGAAAGAAAAAUUUAAGUAAAACAAAAGGUAAACAAUUAUCAAAAGAUAUGAUUGGUUUACCUCAACCCGAUUUUAUUCAUGCAUUUCAUAUUGGAGUAUCAGGUGAAACAUUUGGUGAUGUUACUUGUCUUGCUGGUGUUGAGAAAACAGAUUUAAUUAAAGUACCUAUUGAAAAAAGUCCAUCGAUUACAAAUGAAUUAGAAUCAAAUUAUCAACAACCAAAUGUUAUUAUUGAACAAAAACAAGAAAUAAUUUCUGUUGAACAACAAACAAAUGAUGAACAUACUUCAUCUUUACUUGAUGAAGUUUUACAAGCAUUUACAGAAAUCUAUUCCGAACCAGAAAUAGCAUCACAUUUAUUAGAAGAUAAUACUUCACUAAAACCACCACCGAAACCUGAAAGAAGUGAACCAACAUCGCCAAAAUCUCCAACAGUCAAUCUUAAAUUAUCAUCAAUAUCUUCAAGGACAAUCGGCUUAAAUCAAUCUCCAUCGGAUAACAUGACAGAUUUGAACAGUCGAUCUCCAUCAAAUCCUAAUCGUUUAUUAAAAAAAUCACCAAUAAGAAAAUCUAAUGAAGAAACUGGUCGAUUUUCACGUGAACUUGAACAACGUUUACAAAAUGGUGAUAUAAGUGAAGAAGCUAAACAUGCAUAUAAUUUAUUAAUUAAUGGUUGUACAAAUAAUUCAUCAUUAUCACAUGAAGAACCAUUACAUUCAACAAGUCAUGAUGACUUAUCAUUAAAUAAUAAUGAAACAGAUAAUAAUACAAAACAAUCUCCUAUACAUCCAACAACAAUAUUAUUUGGUUCAUCAUCAUCGUCAUCAUCAACUAGUAUAUCAACAAGUUCAACAAGUAAUAAUACUCAAUCAAAUACAUCAUCAUCAUCAUCAUCAGGUCAACAAAAAUCAGAUCGUCAUUCACAUUAUUCAUCAACAUCAACAGAUAAUGAUAUUAGUAUUGAUCUUAAAACACAAAAUGAUUUAUCUCCAUUAAAACUUUUAAGAAAUGGUAUUAAUCCUGCAAAUCUAACAUCAAAAACAAUUCGUCAACAAAUUUCAACAAAUGAAACAAAUUCAUCAAAUCAUUCACCUAUAUCAUCAACAUCAAAUACAUUAAGUAAUUUAUCAAUAACAUCACCAUUAUAUGAUCAUCAUCAUCAUUUAUUAUUACCAUUACCUUCACAAUCAUCAUCAUCAUCAACUAAUGAUGAUAAUCGUUCAAUAUCAAGUUUAAAUUCACGUUCAUUAUCAACAAAUAAAAGUGAACAACAUUCAAUAACAGGACAACCUUUACCACCACCACCGGAUCUAUCAAGUUUAGGAAGUAAAUUAACAACAGCAACGAUGACACAUACAUUAAAAUUACCUGUAUCAUUAACAUCAUCGACAUCAACAUCAAAUGCGUACCGUUCGAAAAGUAUGAAUAGUAUAUUCUUUCGUUAA